AUGGCGUUCCGAGGCGACGGCGAAGUCAGUAGAUGUGCUGGCGAGAACAGGGUGCGGGAGCUCGGAGAGACAGGUGGCCGAAAUAUUAGCGUCCCCCGUUACCUCAAGGGCUUCGAUAAGGUGAAUUCGCCGCGCUUUAAGGAAAUCCUGGGUUGUGCAUUCGUCGUAUACGGUGUCGAUCCGAUACGAGUACUUUGCGAAGCCGGUGUGGGACGUCGUGGCGACGAAAGACUUCUUGAGGUUCUGAUCCGUGAUAUGGACAGUGUCCGCCUUGUUGAUCUAGGAUUUGACCCUGGUUGUUUCCAAUGUUCUAAACGUCGAAUCGUCUGCGAUAACACCGAGCCUGCUUGUAUCAAGUGCCAGAAGAAAGGAAUCGAGUGUUCAGGUUCAGGGCGGAUUCGGUUCUCCAAUGGAGUCGCGCAAAGAGGAAAGCUGAAGGGCUGCUCCAUUCCGGUGGCCGAUGUCUCGCCCGAAUCUGCAUUCGAGACGCAAAGACAAGCCGCAGCUGCAGCUGCAGCUCCCCGCACUAUCAGAUGGAAAGCCGACCAAUCAAGGGAUGCUCGGCGCAAGAGCGUGAAGAGACGCGAAAAUAUAGGUGAAAGAGGGGUGGCGACACGUGCCACUGAGUACAACAAUGAUGCCCCAACCCAAGAGGGGACUUCUAGCCCCUCCGCGGUCGAGGGAAACCAGGUCAUACUUGCCUGCCCUAGGGACCAACUGGCCGAUACCCGGGAGCAUACCCAGCUCAUCAUCAACGAGGCAGAUCCGAUCGAUGAGGCUGUCGAGGAGGUCGUAGCCAUUGAACGGGCCGUGGACCUAGCCAUAGCUCCUGUUUCAAAUUCUCCUGGCCCCAUCCACCCUUGGAUUGCGCCUCUCUCUCCACAAGCUCGCAUGCUCAUGUCACACUUCGCCGAUCAGGUUGCUCCAGUCAUGGUCGUGUUGGACAAUGUCUCCAAUGGGUACCGCGAUGUCUUCUUACCCCUUGCCUGCGAGGAUGAACUAUUACGGACCGCUAUUGGAGUUGUUGCAAGUCAACAUUUGGCUUUGUACAAUCCGAGCUUCCAGAGUGCGGCGGACGAGGGCCGCGCGGUCAUCAUUUCCCGGCUCCGUCGAGACUCAUUAGAAGCCUCACCCGACCGGGUAUUCAACCUAUCCACGUGGGCUACGUUGAUCGUCCUGCUUGUCGGAGAGACUAUCACAGGAAGCUCGGAAUAUAGCCACCUGCUACAAACACUGAUGUGUCUAAUCCAAAAUGUCGGACAGAUAGCUCCAUCUGCAGCACGCGACUUCCUUACCCAACAAAGCCAUAUGUUUGAAUUCUUGGGCCAGCCCCUGCUAGGAGAGGCUCAUGGCGUUCAGGCUCUGCGCUUGCCGCUGGAUCACUAUUUGGACUGGACAUAUUAUGACCUUCCAUCAGAUUCUGAAUACCACAAUCUCCUCCAUUUAUCCAGGAUGGCUUUUAUUAAAGCUUCACAAAUUUACCUUGGGCGAGUGACUUCGACUCGAGAUCAGUGGGAUCUACUGGAAGAGUUGAAACAGCUCGUUUCUCAAAUUGACCCCGAUCAAAUGGGAUCCCACGCUCUGGUAUGGGUGUGCUUCAUUGCCUCGGCCGAUAGCCGUGAUCCAGAACAUCGCCGGUUCUUUGUCGAUCGGAUGAACCGGGUCUUUAAAAAGACUAAAUUCCACAACAUCUCUGCCGGAAUGCAGUGUCUGCCAGCAAUCUGGUCGCAACAAGAUUCGGGUCGAUGGACUCAAAAUAUUUCCAAGCUAGCUCCCACUUUGAUCAUGUGA